AUGAGAGGUCUCUGUGCUGCUGGAGUUCUUAGAAGAAAAAAUCAGAUAAAGAGAAGACAUGACCUUGCUUAUAGAAAGCGUUUGCUUGGAAAGAGAUUUAAGACUGUUAUUGCUGGAAAACCGCAGGCCAAGGGUAUUGUUUUGAAGAAGGUUGGUAUUGAAGCCAAACAGCCAAAUUCAGCCGUACGUAAAGUGUGCAAAGUUCAAAUUAUAGCAACAGGAAAAACUCUUUUAGCCUUUGCGCCAGGAGACGGUGCUUUUAAUGUUAUACAAGAAAAUGAUGAAGUUGAUGUAGGAGGUCUUGGUAAAAAAGGCAGAGCAGUGGGAGAUAUGCCAGGUAUUAAGUAUGAAAUCAUCAAAGUAGCAGGAGUCUCACUUGAUGCCAUACUUUCAGGUAAAAAGGAAAAGCCUACUAAAUAA